AUGGAUGUCCUAGAUCUUCCCCCAAGAAGCUUAGGUCUGGUUAUUCUGGAAUGCAGCAUUUGUCUUUUGUUAAAUAUCGGUAGUUUAGUCGGUAAUGGCAUGCUUUGUGUCGCAGUCUACCGCAAUCCAAGACUCAGAUCCACGACCAACUUAUACAUCAUUGCCUUAUCUGUCGGAGACCUCAUUUGCGCCGUUCUUGAAAUGCCGUUUACCUUUUGGACAUUAGUCGUGGGAAGAUGGGCCCUCGGUGACGGGAUGUGCCAAGUUCACGGUUUUGUCGACGUUUUCUCGACUUACUGUCCUCCGGCAACAAUGGGUCUUACAGCCUUCAACAGGUACAUCCGAAUCGUCAAGACUAAUCAUUACAGGAAAAUCUUUUCUGCAUGGCGUUCCAAGAUAUGGUUAACGGUUGUGUGGUUUUCGCUUGCGGGGUAUCUUCUCGUUGCGCGCAUAACGAACUGGCAGAGGUAUGGGUUUGUGGUUGGUUUUGCCGCCUGUAGUGUUAAACAUUACACGGAAAACAGGAAGUUAGUACAUUACGUUCUCAUUGUCUGCGUGUAUUUUGGGGUGCCAUUUUUAGUAGCCAUAUUUUCAUAUUGUAACGUGUUCAAGUCAAUACGAAGACAUAACGUGGAAGUUGCACCAAAUCUUCAUAACACCCAGGGAGCUGCACAGACCAGAAUCUCAAUCCAAGAGAUAAAAAUAAGUAAAUCUAUUGCCUUUGUUUUUGCUGGUUUCUUCCUUUGCUGGAUACCAAUGUGGAGUUUGUCUCUCUCCAAUCGAUUCUACCCAACACCAGUUCCCAGAGUGGUUCCAUUGUUGGUGACAUUUUUCGUGUUUUUAAGUAGUUCCAUCAACCCCCUUAUUUACGCGGCCACAAAUAAUGGAUUUAGACAAGAGUUUCGCAAAAUGCUGUUUUGUCGUCGCCAACGAAGGCAAAUUGUCCCAAGACAAAAAAGAGCUGGGACAAUCGUGGAGAAUAUUGAACUACAGGAGCAUGCAGAUGUCAGUAGAAAUGUCACGUAUAUGGCCAUUUUAAAGAUGAGUGCGAACGGAAGCAUUCUUUAGAAAAGAUAUCCAAGAUAAUUAGACCGCAAAAGUAGUUGCCUUAUGAGUGAGUCAAUACACCACUGAAGUAAGAAAUAAACCAAACUGGAAGUGGAAGGACUUUUUAGAUUUUCUAAUGGGACUAUUGAACUUGAAAACUACGUUUAGUGCUAUUACCUUUUUUUCAAAAUUUUUUCUUCAUUUUAUCAUAUUUUUACAUUUUUUAAAGGCUUUCUACUAGAAGGCAGAAAGCUCAGUGUAAGGUUUAGAUAAUUUUUUUACCAGGGGAAGUAUUGUUGUCCCAUCAUGCCUUUUAAACCUGAUUCCAGUAUUAUUAUUAUUUUUUUUUUUUUUUCCACAUCGUGUGAUAUAGUUCAACCACUCCGUUGUAUAUAUCACUGGAUACUUCCCUUUUUAUUACAUUGUGUAAUAUAGUUCAACCACUCUGUUGUAUAAAGCACUGAAUAUUUCCCGUUUUUUUUUUUUACAUCGUAUGAUAUAGUUCAACCACUCUGGUACUGAAUAUUCUCGUUCGUUCUGCAAGUGAUACUACUAGUCCGUAGAAUCGUGACAGUGACAGCCCUGGCAAAUGCGACUAUUACUCAAACUGAAACAUGGAUCAUUCAUGCAUAUGGAUGUCAAAUGGGAAAAAAUGUAACGAAAAGAGUAACUCAGAGUGUCACUUCCAAGUCGCCAAGAAAGUCAUGUUAUUUUACCCGACGCUCGGUGUAGUGACUACACUUUUCAGGUCGAGAAUGACAGGUUACGCGAUUAACACUGGACAUUUUUGAUUUCGAAAAACUUUGACAUCUUGGCACAAUAGUAACACUAUUCACGCAGACAAUAAUUCCAAGCUGUUGUCAAAACAGUACGCCAUUCUUUUAGAUGUUUUUUAUCUCGCGCCAUUGUAAGCCAGUUUUUAAAGGUUUCCGACUGUUGCCGAAAGCUUACGUUUUCGAUCGUUAAACGAAAGAAAGUUUUUAAUCAAGUGACUCAGUCAGUCAUUCCGAUAUGAAAAGCACACACUGCUACACUUAUUUUAUAGAAUUGGUUAAAUUUCAUAAAAUUUUUCUUUCUGUUUCUAAGCAACAACAGCAAGCUGCGAGGAGUUCAUAGUCUGCUAAUCAAAUAUUUUAUUAAGGCUAAGAUAUUAACGGAUUUCAUUGAAUCAGAUAAAGGCACAUUAACACUUCUUGGUUCCCUUUGACAGGUGCAACUGCCAAGAAAAACUUACUGAAGAAGACUUAAACCUUCUGAGGUCCAUCAUAUAUUUUUUUCUUGUUAUCACUGUUUCUAAAGAUUUAAACUAAGCGUUGAAUGAAUUUGAGCCUAACCAGGUGAAUUUCCUUUUGCUCACCGCCACCUCACACUGUCAGAAAUUGCAAUUCUUUUUUCUUCGAUGGAUUUAUUUUUAAAACUCCUGAAGAUCAGCCCGGAAAAGUAACAUACUUUUUUCAUGACUUCCUCAUGUACUUUUGUAGGAAAUAUUAUCAACCCUUAUUGCGAUUAUGAUUGAAACGCUCAAGGGGGCACCUCAUAAUUAAAAUAGACUCUUCGGAGAAGUUGAGUAUGACGGAUAGGGAUGUCUCUUUUUUAGGUCAGAUGAUCACAAACAGGACAUUUUUCACGAGUUGAAGUAUAACAUACAGCAAGGUACACCGUGUGUUUAAACAAAUUCUUUCCAAAAGGCCGAUCAGUGUAGGUAUGAUUCAUGAUUACUGCUUUUCUGAAUGGUGGUUUACUGCUUAGCUUUAAAUGACUUAAAUUAAAGACAUCCGAUAUUUAUUUUGGCGGUUAGUUAGGCUUAUUUCAAAAUAGAAAAUUUUCAAAGCAGAUUCUAUUCACUCUCUUUAAGACUAGACUGCCGAGGCGAAAUGUUUUCCUGGUUUUCGUACACACCCACUUAAUUCAUUUGGGAUGAAAACACUGACACAAAAACCGAUGUGUUUGAAUUGUUGAAAAGGCAGUAAUCGCCGACUAAAAAUUGCAAAUUUGUCAUUCGAUAUUGAAUUUCACUUGUUCCUUAUGCAAUCACCUACCAUCAGGCAGAAAAGGAAAACAAUUCAAUUAGUCUUAGCUCAGCGUCUUUAACAGAGGAAGAUCUCUUUAUAUUUUCUUCCUGCUGUUCCCAUCCCACGUCUCUCACUUUGGAUGCGCGUUUUCAUAAUGCAGCGUAAUUCUAUUGGUUAAUUCUUUAUCCUAAUAUGAGGAGGUACACAAAAGAUAACUUUGCGUCGGUGUUUACAAAUGGAAGCCUGAGGAUAAAACUGGUUUACUUCAAAUCUUUCAGAAAUAUUUUGAAGAUUUUUCGAGUUGAUUCCUCGCGAAUUUUUCAGAAAGAUAUGCUGAGAAAGAAUGUUAAUAAAAACGCCAUGUUUUUCUGGCUGUGAAUAAGUAUGAUAUAUCAAAGUUCCGGAGUUACAGACGGAUGUCAGCUUGCGUGAUGAUGCCUGGGUAAAUAUUCUGUCAAUCAGGAACGCAACUCAUGAAACUGAGUUCACAAGCAGAAGAUCGUGAAAGGUUCAAAAUGGAUGUCCUAGAUCUUCCCCCAAGAAGCUUAGGUCUGGUUAUCCUCGAAUGCAGCAUUUGUCUUUUGUUAAAUAUCGGCAGUUUAGUCGGUAAUGGCAUGCUUUGUGCCGCAGUCUACCGCAAUCCAAGACUCAGAUCCACGACCAACUUAUACAUCAUUGCCUUAUCUGUCGGAGACCUCAUUUGCGCCGUUCUUGAAAUGCCGUUUACCUUUUGGACGUUGGUGGUGGGAAGAUGGGCCCUUGGUGACGGGAUGUGCCAAGUUCACGGUUUUGUCGACGUUUUCUCAACUUACUGUCCUCCGGCAACAAUGGGUCUUACAGCCUUCAACAGGUACAUCCGAAUCGUCAAGACUAAUCAUUACAGGAAAAUCUUUUCUCCAUGGCGUUCCAAGAUAUGGUUAACAGCUGUCUGGUUUUCGCUAGCGGGGUAUCUUCUCGUUGCGCGCAUAACGAACUGGCAGAGGUAUGGGUUUGUGGUUGGUUUUGCCGCCUGUAGUGUUAAACAUUACACGGAAAACAGGAAGUUAGUACAUUACGUUCUCAUUGUCUGCGUGUAUUUUGGCGUGCCAUUUUUAGUAGCCAUUUUUUCAUAUUGCAACGUGUUCAAGUCAAUACGAAGACAUAACGUGGAAGUUGCACCAAAUCUUCAUAACACCCAGGAAGCUGCACAGACCAGAAUCUCAAUCCAAGAGAUAAAAAUAAGCAAAUCCAUCGCCUGUGUUUUUGCUGGUUUCUUUCUUUGCUGGAUACCAAUGUGGAGUUUGUCUCUCUCCAAUCGAUUCUACCCAACACCAGUUCCCAGAGUGGUUCCAUUGUUGGUGAUAUUUUUCGUGUUUUUAAGUAGUUCCAUCAACCCCCUUAUUUACGCGGCCACAAAUAAUGGAUUUAGACAAGAGUUUCGCAAAAUGCUGUUUUGUCGUCGCCAACGGAGGCAAAUUGUCCCAAGACAAAAAAGAGCUGGGACAAUCGUGGAGAAUAUUGAACUACAUGAGUAUGCAGAUGUUUGCAGAAAUGUCACGUAUAUGGCCAUUUUAAAGAUGAGUGCGAACGGAAGCAUUCUUUAG